GCUUCAGACUCUAGAGGUCUCCAUCCAGCAUGCAGCAACAUCCACCUAUCGGGAUUCUGCCCCUUACUUUCUAGUGCAGCGGUAUAGGAAGGAAAGGAGGAGACCGCUCAGAGCCACGGAGACAGAGGAACCUGAGACACGCACGCGUCAGAGCGAGACAGAAAGGAAGGGAAUUUUGAUUUGACGCGUGGCGGAUUGUGAUGAAAAUGACGAUAAGAAAGAGGCAGCCUGAGCGCAUUGUUUCCAGCUUCGUUGCAUGGGAUUUCCAGUCGUGUCCGGUGCCGUGAUGUCUGCAACAUUUCGCUCUUUGUUUCUGGUGCUGCUGAGCCUGCUGAAGGCCGGCGCCCAGACAGAAAUGAAGAGAGUCGUCGGAGACAACGCCACCCUGCCGUGCCACCAUCAGUUCUGGCAGUCCAAUGCGCAGUCCCUCGACAUCGAGUGGCUACUGCAGAAGCCCAACUCCAAGCAGAGAGUGAUCAUCACGUUUUUCGGGGGCCAGGUGUACACCAAUGAGGUGACCAGCGAGGCCAGUCGUCUGUCCUUCGCCGGGGACUACCUGAAAGGAGACGCCUCCCUGCUCCUCAGUGACCUACAGCUGACGGACUCUGGGGAGUACCACUGCAAGGUCAAGACGGGGGGAAAGUACCACUGGAGCCAUGUCAAACUCAUUGUGCUGGUGAAGCCCUCUAAGCCGCGAUGCUGGAUGGACGGCAGGCUGUUGGAGGGCAGUGAUGUUAAACUGAGCUGCAAAUCCAAUGACGGCUCAGACCCUAUCAAAUACAAUUGGGAGAGGGUGCUGGAUAAGGGAAAGAGUGUUGGGAAACUCCCCAUACUGGCACUGAGAGAUCUGAAGAAUCCAGCGAUCGUCACCCUGCGGAACCUUACGAAGGACAGUACAGGUGUCUACAAGUGCACCGCCAGCAAUGACGUGGGAGAGGAGAACUGCAUCAUCGAGGUCACCAUGCAAUAUGUUCGAGGGAUGGGCGUGCUGGCAGGUGCCGUGGUGGGCGUCUCCUUUGGUGUUCUCCUCAUCAUCCUAAUCAUCUGGCUCGUCUUCCGCAAGAAGGAGAAGAAGAAGUAUGAGGAGGAGGAGACUCCCAACGAGAUCCGGGAAGAUGCUGAGGCUCCCAAGGCCAAGCUGGUGAAGCCCAACUCUCUGUCCUCAUCCCGCUCUGGCAGCUCCCGCUCUGGGGCCUCCUCAACACAGUCCAUGGUGCACACCACCGUCCCCCGCGGGCACCGCCCUCGGCCCCCAGCCAUAGCUGCCCUUAAGGAGAACGGACAGCCCCAUGACUUCCCUCAGUCCCCCCCAGCCUACACCACGGUGGUACCCCCGAACAAGACCCCUGAGCCCCCCGGCACCCCCAAAUUCAACAUCAACUCCAGGAACCAGAUCUCUGGGCCCACUCCCCCCACUCUCAUGGUCCCUGCCCAGACCAAGGCCUUUCAAACUGUGUAGGAAGGAGAAGAGAGCCCAUCCUGGCUGUGUUGAUGUAUAAGACCCACCCCCUCCCCACAACCCUUCAAAGACACAAACUCUUCUGUUAAACAACGAAAUGCAACUAGUAAAAGGAUGUAAUUAAAAUAAUCAAUAAUAUAAAUCUCAAAUUUUAAUGAAUGCACACUUAAAAAGGGAAAAUAAGAAAUGCUUGCCCCCUACUGAAUAAAAAACAACAAAACAAAACAACAAAAAAAACCAGAGACAGAACACAUUUCUGUUUAUGUCUCUCUGCUAAAUAACUUAUUUUUACACUUUUCUUUAAACUUUGAAGGAAUGGGAAGCAGUGAGUGAGCACAAUGCUGUGUGCGGUGAGGUGGAAGGAAAACCCGAGUGGAGCUUUAAUUUAUUUAUCAAAUCAAAAGGACAAGAGGAGUGCAGAGAAAAACUAAGAAAGAAGGGAUGGGAUGAGAAAAGAGAGAUCCAAAGUCGGAGCCUAGUGGUGUCUCUGACUCAUCCAACCACACCACUCCCAGCAGGCAGACACACCGGAGCUUCCAGCCCCCGUUACAAGCCACACACCCACAUACACACCCCUGGCCCUCUGACAGAGACCAGGCUGUGUUCCCUGUGACGAGGGAAACCGUUAGAUCACCCCUCCAGACCACAGGCGGCCGUUGGCACCUUAUUUGGGGAGGACAAGCUCAUAUUAAUGGCUGGAAUGGAAUAAAUGGAAUGGUAUCGAACACGUCAAACACAUGGUUUCCAUAUUCAAUUCACUCCAUUCCAGCCAUUAUUAUGAGCCGUCCUCUCCUCAGCAGCCUCCUGUGCCCCAGACUCUCUGUGAUGCUUUAUGCACUCCAUGACGACAUCUAAGACACACCAUGUUCCAUGGUCCUGACCCCAUUCAGAGAACAUCUGCUUUUCUCAACAGGAGAAACUUUAGCCACAUUCGUAUGACGUCUCACUGACAUGGUAGUCAGAGUUCUGAUGAAACUUUUAUUUUUCUCUCCACAUCCUGUCUCUCAGCUCUGUGGACAUCCUACAUCAGGGAUGGGCAACUCUAGUCCUCGGGAUCGGAGUGGUGUCACACUUCCCCCGUCCCUAGCAAACACAGCCGAUUCAACUAAUUGAAUUCUAAAUUGAAGAUCAUGAUUAGUUGAUUAUUGGAGUCAGGUGUGUUAGCUGAGGCUGGGGCAAAAGUGUGACACCAAUCAGGCCCCCGAGGACUGGCGUUACCAUCCCAUAUGGUACGGAAACUACUCCCCAAAUUAACAUAUGGGUGAAUUGGGUGUUAAUGUACAGUACAUAGAGAUACGUUACUGAAUAUACUGGAAAAUAAUACCUUUAAGACAAGGGGGGCUUAAUAUCUAUUAUAUUUCUAUUUUACUCCCCCCACCCGGGCAUGUCUAACAGGUUGUGAAGGGUGACAGACAGUGUCUCAGUCUGAAGAAGUGCCACCAAUCCCCAGGAUGGGUCAUCGUUGCUUUUUUUACUCUUUUAUUUACCUCCACUGUUUUGCAAUGUCACUGAAACUAAAACCUGUCAAAAACGCAGUGAAUGUGUGUUGAACAUAGAUUAUUUUCUAUGCUUUGUAAGGUACUGAAUGGAAGGAAGUCAAACAUAGGUACAGAGACAUACAUGACCUUGAAGUUAAUCCCCCCAAAUACUGUGGAUGAUUGAAUGGAGGAAGGAGUAUGAUUCUAGGAACUUGUAUUGUACAGUGUGCAUGGUUCCACCGCUGGUAGGUACUCUCCUUGGAUCCACAACAACAGAGUGGCACUCGAUUACUGUCUCAUUGUGUUGAUGGCUGCUCAGUACGUUGGCCAGGCUUUGGCAUCAGCCAUCCCAUUUGUUGUACAUCUGUCAGACCAGUGCAGUGUACAUCAAUCCCUAUCCCCUUUGACGGUUUCUUUCUCUGUCCUUAUCAUGAAUGCACAUGUGGUUUGAGUUAUAUGUGUUGAUUCAGCUUUGGGAAUCUACAGCCAAAACACAGAGAGACAGGGGCGUAAGCCAAACCUGUCUGAUUAUAUAUAACUGAUCAGAGGCCAUCUGUGCUCUUUUAAGGUCCUUACUACUGAAAAGUGUCUGUUCCAGGUGCGUAGGAGUCAAAAUAACAAUACUGGAAGAGAUAGAGACCCGCACACUGUCAAAAAAAGGAAUGGAUCCAAAACUGAGGCUUGAAUGCAAAAUAAAGAUGUUUAUUGCAACAUUAUGGUGCAUAAAUAAAAGGUGAAAAGAAAACACAGACGUUUCGGCCUCAGGUCAUCAUCAGUGGAAAUUGUCGGCACACACACCUGGUUUCUAUUUCAAUGAUAAUUGCAUAUGUCACAUGGGCAAGAAAAUACAUCCGAAAAUCUAUAAAUCAGUACCUAGUACAAUAUAAUGCAUGAUCUAGGUUAUAUACAAAAGUGGACAGAGAAAUAUAAUCAAUUAUUGCUUAUGGAUAUACCUUGUGAACAUUUCCUCAGAGUAAAUAACACAGGAUUGUAAGAGUAGGGAGCUAGAGACACCACUAGAUGGGGGUAUCAAACGCAAAUAAGAGGCAAUAUACCAGUUACAGAAAACACUUCAAUAACAAUUCUUCAUUCAUGCCUCAUGGGUGGAGAGUUUUU